GAUCGGAUGUUUGUUAGUAACUCGGAAGGACUGAAGAACGGCACGUUUAGCGCCCCCUACCUAGAAAACACCCAAAACUAUUCCCGACAGUGCAUUUACACCUUCAUCGCAACGGAAGACGAGCGGGUCCUCAUUUCUUUCACGCAUUUCACUCUCAGAGGAGCAAAGCCAAUGUGUAAUCAUGAAUACAUAGAUCUGUAUAUGGAAAUUGAAGACCCUGGUGUGGAACUGAUCCGGACUCCGUUCGGAGGCAGGAUUUGUGGCCGGAACAUUCCAGUAUCCCGGAUAUCCAUGUAUGAAACACUUGUCCUCGCUUUCUACACAGAUCGGACCAGAGUAACUCCAGAGCUCUUUGGUGGAACCUACGAGUUCAUCGACGCAGCGCAGUACGUGAUGGGAACUCCAAAGCCAAAUAGUGUCUGCAGUUACACAGUAUACAGUGACAGAAAGCGGGAAGGUGAAAUGAUGUCCCCAACUUACCCAGGAGUCUAUCCCAAGAACCUGCGUUGUGAAUAUCAUUUCUUUGGAAAGCGAGGACAAAGACUGAGGCUGGAAUUCAUGGAUUUCGAUCUACUUUAUGGCGGACCACAUUGUCCUUAUGAUUAUGUGAAGAUCUACGACGGCGAAUCUGAAGAGUAUAAUCUUAUCAAUACUUAUUGUGGGCAACAGAGGAACCUCGUGGUGUUUUCUUCGUCGGAGAAUCUCUACGUGAAAUUUGUCACAUUACAACGAAAUGCUGACACGUCUAACCGGGGAUUCAAAGCAGCCUAUGAAUUCAGUGAAAGAUUCGUCAGCCUAGAUUUCAUCAGCAAAACGGAUGGUGAGCACAUCAGAGGCACUCAGUGUGAUCAAAAGAUUCUUAGCAAGCGAGGAUCUAGCGGUAUGGUGUUCUCGCCAAAUUAUCCUUACCCAUACCAUCCAAAUGUUGUGUGUCGUUAUUAUGUGUACGGAAUGCAAGAUCUUCAAAGACUGGAACGAGUAAGAAUGCAGUUCGACAAGUUCGAAAUCCCAUCUGCAAACAAUGCGUGCACAGAUGGAUUUUUACGAAUUUAUCUUCAAGGGCAAGAAGAACGCUAUGCUUUAGAUGAGUUCGAUCACAAUUUAUGUGGACAAAAUCUUCCUCCAAUUCUGAAAUCUGAUGGUCCACGUCUCGUCAUGAUCUUCAAGAGUGGUUCAACACAGGGACAAGGUUUCAAGGCUCGAUAUUUUUUCGAAGCAGAUUAUCAGGUUCCUGGGACUGCAUCGCCAAAUGGGUCAUGCCAGUUCUACUAUCGCAGCGAGAGCCAAAAAGAUGGGGACUUUAACUCGCCACAUUAUCCCGCUAAUUAUCCUUCUUCCAUGACUUGUGAAUAUUUUUUCUUGGGACUUCAGGGCGAGCAAGUUAAUUUGGUAUUUAAUUAUUUCAAAACCAAAAUGGAUGUGGAGACCUAUGGUUAUAAUGAAAUUUGCGAUGAGGACUGGCUGGAAAUUUAUGAAGUGUACCCUUCUGGACGGGAGCGGUUAUUGGGCAGAUAUUGCGGCCGAACAGCUCCUGGCCCAAUAAUGUCAGAGCUGGGGGUCGACGCCAUGAAGGUUAUUCUACACACAGACGACAAAGGGGUUGCCUCCGGAUUUACAGCCACCUAUGAGUUCUUCCCUGCUGCAGCCAGAUACGUUGAUUGUGGUCGUAACAUCUCCGAGCUUACCGAAGGCAUCCUGGCCAGUCCGGGAUUCCCGGGAUCCUACCACUCGACCCUGCAGGUAUGCAACUGGUUCAUCACCGUCCGACCCCAUCACAGGAUACUCCUUUCAUUCGUUUUCUUCCUCAUCGAAGGCGACCCCGAACGUCGUGGCUGUCCAGGCGCUGUAGUACGAGUCUAUCCAGAACUUAGUGAACCUCCCAUGGAGUUGUGCGGUGAAUCCUUGGCUAAUCACACCCGAGAGAUUUUAUCCUCGUCUAACAUUAUGAAAAUAUCAUUUGUUACUGCCGAUAAAGCAGUUGGUGCCAAAGGCUUCCAAGCCACUUGGACAGAAGUCAAAGAAGGUACAAAAUGUGACCAGUUCCAAUGUGGCCUAAGCAAGUACUGCAUAUCUGAGAGUUCCAAGUGUAAUGGACUUUCAAAUUGUGGCCUAGAAGAUGAAUCCGACGAGGAAGAUUGCACAGCAAUAAGCGGGAUCGAUGUUCACUUGGUCAUAGGACUGGCUUUUGGUGGUGCCAUUGUGACGGUCAUCACCAUGUGUGCCAUUUUUCACCGGAAGUGCAAGCGACGGCGGAGUCCUCUAGCUUCCCAACAUCAUCGGAAUCAGCCCAAAAUGGCACCUACACCACACAUCGCCAUUCAAGAGCGCGUCUAA